UUGAGGAAUUGACUAAAUUUCUUGAUUGAGGCUCUUUGUAGACUUAAAUGCUUGUUCCGUGUUAUUUGUUUGUGGAAGGUUUAAAGUAAUGAGAAGUUGUGAGAACUUGGAGUUCCCUGGUCCUAGAGGCAGGUGGAUCAUGGUCCCUCCCCUUAGCCACUUAUUCUGGUAGAGUUGAUUUUCUUGGGAUAUAUCCCCUCUAGAACCUUUAGUGUCCCAAAGAGUUUGCUCAGGUUCAUUUGACAGAUGUGGAAAUUGAGGUACAAUGAAAUUAUAAUAAAUACUACACAAUGAUCAAAGUUGGAUUGAACCCAGUCUAUUGCCACACAAACUAUAUUCCAUUGCUUCUUGCUAAAACAGUUAAUUAUCAGAGAAUACAGGUCAAUGGUAACCUCUUUCCCCAACCAGGAUUUCAGCCUGGAUUGGCUUAAUAACAAUGGCAUCUACCUCACUUCCCCCUUUUCUCACUUCCUAUUAGAGGAAUAUCGCCUCCAUUCAGUUGAUGAAAGGUUUUCAGUUUUUCACACUGACCAAAUAACAUUUCCAGAACCCAGUGUAGGUAGAGGGACAUUUCUGCUGACAUUAGAAAGACUGAGACUUGAGGCUGGUCCAGUCAGAAGGCUGUAGAAUAAAUAGUCAUCCUCUCUCCCAACUCUGGAGCUCUUGCGGGAUGCGGGGGGGGACCACUGAGGAAGCCCACAUGCCGCCACUCUGCUUAGAGGCAAGGGGGCAGACUUAGCGCCCUCCCACACCCUUCCUGCCUCUCAAACGUGUGCCGGCUUCCCCGCUGAACGCCGCCUGUGCCCAAAUUGAACGGUUUGGGCUCAGUGACAUUUUCUCAGUGGAGAGAAGUAACCAAAAGCCUGGCUAGGAAAGAGAAAAUGGGUGGAGAAUCUGGGAAGCUUGUGCCUGAGCCGAUAAGAAGGCAGUGACGUUUUGGGGGGUUUUUCUUCCCUCCUAGUGGAAAGCAAACCUCCCACCAUCCAGUGCCAGCAGUAACUGGUCCUCCGGCCACUCCAGAAGUCUUGUUCCUACUUGUGCCCUUGAUUAGAGACUGCUUUUGGGAGAGCUGGGGGUGGGGGAUGUCCUGUCCUUAGGGGUUCGGGGAUGGUUUGGAGAAUCAGCAGAUCCCCUGCCUGGAGCCUGGGACUCUUCCUCAGGCUCCCUCUUGGACUGGUUAUUUCUGGACUGGAGUGCUUCGUUUCUCUGUGAACCUGCAAGGCCAUGGAGGGGUGUGGCCGUCCCCCCCUCUGACUCGGAGAUCAGGUUUCUACCUGCCCCCAGUUGGAGAGCCUCAGCUUGGCACUGAGCAUCCCUCGGCCGCCCGCUGAGCAAGCGGUAAACAAGAGCCCAGUAUCUUUGGGAGCUUGAGCCCCGCUGCUCAGAGAGAGGACUCCUCUCCGGGAAAUCGGCCGAAUCCGCAUAUGUCAAAGCAAGAGUUUAUGAACCAGAGACCCUCCAGCAUGGUCAGUGAGACGUCCACAAUUGGAACAACAUCUACUCUGGAUAUGAAAUCAGGACCAAGGGUUAUCAAGGCUAGCAAAAUUCACAGCUUUGGAAAAAGGGACCAGGCUAUCAGAAGAAAUCCCAAUGUCCCAGUGGUGGUGAGAGGAUGGCUGCACAAACAGGACAGCUCUGGGAUGCGGUUAUGGAAGAGAAGAUGGUUUGUGCUGGCAGAUUUCUGUUUGUUCUACUACAAAGACAGUCGAGAAGAAACUGUCCUGGGGAGCAUCCCACUGCCCGGCUAUGUGAUCUCACCUGUUGGGCCCGAUGAUCGAAUAAACCGCAAGUAUUCUUUUAAGGCUGUCCACAAUGGCAUGCGGGCCCACAUCUACCACAGCACUGGCAUUGACUUCCCGCCGGAGCAUUCGGGGAUAAGAACGUAUUACUUCAGCGCUGACACUAAUGAAGAUAUGAAUGGCUGGAUCAGAGCCAUGAACCAGGCUGCCCAGCUCCAGUCUCGUGCAACCCUGAAGCGGGAUGCCGAGAGGACAGAGCGGCAAGCUGUCCCACAAGCCAACCAUACAGACCCCUGUCAAGAGUGUGGCCGCCUGGGCCCUGGACAUACCAGGGACUGCUCCCAGCGAGCCCCCAAUGAUGCCUUUGGCUUUGACAGGCCUGAGCAAGACGAUGAGGAACGCUACGGCUUCCAAAGGGACCCUCUGGAGGGGAAGCGGGAGAGGGGGAAGUCCAAGUCCCCCUACCCAGCCACUGAGGCAGACUUUGCGGACUUACCCAGUGGUCCCAGGGCUCAGUCAGCCCAACCUCAGCCAAUGGAGAGGAACGGCCUGGUUCCUGGUUCCUUUGGUGGGGGCUCUGGGCUUGGGGAGCAGAAUGGUACUGGUGGGUAUAAGAGGGUAAUCCAUCCCCGAACCAACCCCGAAAAACAUGCCCAGAGGAGGAGUAACAUGGCGCAGGUGGAGAACUGGGUGAAGGUACAGAAAGGAGACGGCAAAAGCCUUGUCUCAGACCAGAUACGAUUCCUCCAGCAGGGUCCUGGCCAAUCCCUGUCUUUCUCAGAGAACUACCAGACCUUGCCCAAGAACACCCGCCAUUCCUCGGGCAGUUCCCCACCUCCACUCCGCAACUUACCUAGUGAUUACAAAUAUGCCCAGGACCGAGCCAGCCACCUAAAGAUGUCCAAUGAGGAACGCCGGGCGCAUCGGGAUGGCACUGUAUGGCAACUAUAUGAAUGGCAACAGAGACAGCAGUUCAAACAUGGGAACCCUACGGCCCCCAUCUAUGCAGGUUCCCCAGAGUUUACUGACCAAGGCCGGAGCAAGAGCAUGCUGGAAGUGCCUCGAUCGAUCUCUGUGCCACCCUCUCCAUCAGACAUCCCUCCCUUAGGCCCACCCCGGCUCUUUCCAACACGGAGACCCCACACGCCAGCUGAACGGGUCACUGUAAAACCUCUGGAACAGAGGAGAAGUGUGGACAUUUCCCUAGGAGGAUCCCCCAGGAAGGUCCGGGGCCACCACACUCUUAAGAACUCCUCCCAUGUGGACAGACGCUCCAUGCCAUCCAUGGGGUAUAUGACACACACAGUUAGUGCUCCCAGUUUACAUGGAAAGUCGCCUGAAGAGUUAACAUUACUUCUCAUUCGAUUAAGGAGACAUCAGGCUAAGUUGGCUAGUGUACGAAAUUACACAAUCGCCCAAUUACUGCAACAUGAGCCAACAAUUCCCACCUACCAGGCUGAUGACACCUACCUUCAGCUGAAGAAAGACCUGGAGUAUCUAGACCUAAAGAUGACCCGGGACACUCUCAAGGACAGAAGUCUGAAGCCUGUGAAAGUAGCUGAGAGUGAUAUUGAUGUAAAAUUAAGCAUCCUAUGUGAACAAGACAGGGUCCUGCAGGACUUAGAAGAUAAGAUAAGGGCCCUCAAGGAGAACAAGGACCAGCUGGAAUCAGUCCUGGAGGUUUUGCACAGACAGAUGGAGCAAUACAAAGACCAGCCCCAGCAUUCGGAAAAGAUUUCUUACCAACAAAGGCUUUUGCAGGAAGACCUCGUUCACAUACGGGCAGAGAUAUCCAAGCUUUCAACAGAAAUGGAAAAUGCCUGGAAUGAAUACCUGAAGCUGGAGAAUGAUGUCAGUCAGCUGAAACAAACCUUACAGAGGCAGAGUCGGCGAUCCUUCUUUCUGCCUCAGGAGAGAGCUCAGAUACAGAAGGAUCUUUGGAGGAUUGAAGAUGUCACUGCUGGCCUGAGCACAAAUAAAGCAAACUUCAAAAUCUUAGUGGAGUCCUUCAAGAAUCCAGAAAGAAAAACUGUGCCUUUGUUCCUUCACACGCCUGUGCCUUCAGUCCUCAAAUCUCUCAGUACUUCGGAGAGCAAACAAGUCCCUCAGACGAGUCCUCCAAACAGCCCUCCGUGGACCAGCCCUGCAAAGACCCCCCUAGAGGUCCGCCUCUUUCCGCAGCUGCAGACCUAUGUGCCCUACAGAACCCAUCCGCUGCAGCUGAAGAAAGUGACCUCUCCCGUCCAGUCCCCUACAAAGCUGUCGCCAAAGGCUGAAGAUGAGGCCCCACCCCGACCCCCCCUUCCCGAGCAAUACAGCCCUGAGGACCCUCCUCCCGCCGUGCCUCCUCUUCCUCGGGAAGCCACCAUUAUCCGUCACACCUCCGUGAGGGGCCUCAAGCGGCAGUCAGACGAAAGAAAACGAGACCGGGAGCUGGGGCAGUGUGUGAACGGCGACUCCAAGGGUGAGCUCCGUUCAUAUAUGAGUGAGCCAGAGCUGGCAAACCUCAGUGGUGACGUGAACCAGCCCUCCCUUGGAUUUGUGGGUCCUGAUAGCGGCUAUCAGACGUUACCUGGGAGAGGUUUUUCCGGCUCCACAUCCAGGCUCCAGCAGUCAUCCACCAUUCCUUCCUACGUUACACUCAGGAGGGGAUUAAAUGCUGAUGGCUCAAAGAGACCCAAGAGUGCCUUGGAACGCCUAUAUUCUGGAGACCACUUGAGGGGCAAAAUGAGCGCCGAGGAGCAGCUGGAGAGAAUGAAGCGUCACCAGAAGGCCCUCGUCCGGGAGCGGAAGAGAACUCUGAGCCAAGGCGAGAAACAGAGCAUGUCCUCAUCCCACGCCUUCAGCCGUCCCAGCCCUGGAGACCUCGGCUCAUGGAAGCGAGAACAGGAGUUUGAUUUGCAGUUACUUGAGAGAGCCAUGCAAGGAGGGGAGAAAGAUGAGGACGGAUGGCUGAAAGUGCGGGCUACCCCCGUGACUGAGAUGGACCUAGAACCUCAAGAUUAUGACAUAGACAUCAACAGAGAGCUGUCCAAACCAGACAAGGUGUCCAUUCCCGAACGCUAUGUGGACUUGGAACCCGAGGAACCGCUCAGCCUGGAAGAGUUAGAGGCGAGGUUCCGCAAAGCUGAGAAGAUCCGCAACCUCCUCACCCGCUCGAGCAUGCACACCCUUCAGCCUCUGACCACCCAGGACAAACAUCGCUCAGCCGACCUGGAUUCCCAGCUUCAAGAACAAGAGCGCAUCUUCCACAUCUCCCACACUCUGGCUUCUGAAGCCUCCCAGCGUAGCAAGCAGGUGGCAGCUCAACAGUCAGCCUUGCUGUCCAAGAGCCUCCCCUCACCUUCUGUACCACAGCCCCCCUUAAGCAAUGGAUUUCACUACACGUUUGUCUAAGCACCUUCCAAGUAAGCACUAAUGAUCGCGUCCGCUCGGCGUGCCUGGCUUGCUCUGUGGUGCUCUGUCCUGGAUGCCUCCUUGCCCUACAGUGUGGAGCAUGUCCUUCCCUAGACGCUUCUCCUCGGAGUAGUGAUCCAUCCAUCGGGAGCCCGUCUCCCCUCCUGAUUUCUAUCUAACUUUGUUUCAGCCGUAGCCGGGAGAGACCAUUUUAGUUCCAUGUAGUCGCCUCUCCUUCCUAGCUGUGUGUCUGGGUGAGUCCCUUAACCUCCCCAAGCUUUGGUUUAAAACUCAUAUACACUCACACACAACAAAAACAACAGCAAAAAUCUAGGGGGAAAAUAGUGGAUGAUCAUCCCAGCUCCAGCAACCCCCCGGGGUGGUUGUCAUGGAGAUCAAAUGAGUCAGUAGCAGAGGAAAAACACUUUGAAAAUUAUGAGGGAAAACAUUCCUGCCUCCUCCGGGACCAAGAUUCAUCACCGAAUCUCAGAGUUCAAAAGGAAUCCAGUGACUCGUCCAAUAUUAUUGCAAAGGAAUCGCAAUAGACUCCAAGAGGUGCCGUAUAAAUGGGAAAGGCCAUUAGUUUCCAUCUUGGUGAACUGGUUCCUUACCACCUGAAAACCGCAGAAAAUACAUUUUGUCUGGUCUCCCAGUAAUCCGGGUUCAUUUUGAUAAUCAGCUGUCUAAUGGGUCUGAUAGCCAGGGGUCCUCAAACUACGGCCUGUGGGCCAGAUGCGGCAGUGGAGG